AUGAAGCAUCAUCAUAGUCUUGAGUCGAUUCUCUUCUUUAAACCUUGCUUUCUCUUUGAUUUCUUUGACUUGCUUCUGAAUCUGUCACUUCCCAUCUCUUCUCUCUCCAUCGUCACCAGUCUUUCUCCACUGAUCUCACCAGUCAAGACUUUCCUCCUUAGAUUCCACGGAAACAGCCACAUCCCAAGGAUCACAAUCAGCCACUCGUUUCUUCAUCUCAACACGAACCUCAUCAGCGACUUUAGACAGAGACUUUUGCAGAAUCUCACGCACUUUGUCUCUCUUGGAAUCUCCUGUCGAAACCAUCUUCACCAGAUUUUGACGAUCUCUGACAUCAUCACGUCGGUCUCUGGCAUGAUCACGACGGCUCCGUUUUGGACCGGUGGCGUAAAGGUACCUCAUCCAAGUGUAAAGAAGAUCGUUUGCUUUGAUCGGAUUUUAGGGUUUGGGUGUUCGGUGCGAACUCUGGCCAGUCUCCCUCCGAGGGAGGAGGUGGUGAGGAAAGCGUCUAAAGCGAGUGACUCGGGAGCUUCUUUCAAACGAUUCAUGGCGUCGACACACCUCGCGACUUGUGGAGAAGAAUUGCUUUGCUCUCUCGCAGACUUGGCCGCUCGAAUUGCUGCUCGAAAAGCUCUAAGAAAUCUUGCUUGUUCAUGGUUUCUCGUUAUCGACUUUCUCUGUAUCGAGGAUUUUCAAAGCAAGCAACGAAAAUGA